GGCGGGACUAAGGAGCAGAAGCCCAACCUAGGCAGAGGCAGAGCUAGACACAGUUAAAGGUGGAAGUUGUACUCGGAAGUGUACUGGCGGUGAUCCUCUCGGGAGUGGCAAGUUUGCUCCAAUCGCUCGAAAAUAUCAAAUGCCAGUAUCUGUACUAUAGGGAAAAUAUGUAUAGAGAAUAGCCACGUUGUGGCUGUAAUUCCAGCUGGUUUGGCUGCCAUGCAUCAUGGGCGAACUAUUGCCAAAGGAUCCCCCUCUGCCACCCAGAUUAACCAGCAACCUCCUCGACUUCUCAUUGUGCACAUUGCUCUACCAUCCUGGGCUGACAUCUGCUCUAACCUUUGUGAAGCUCUUCAGAACUUUUUCUCUCUAGCCUGCAGCUUGAUGGGCCCUAGUCGCAUGUCUCUGUUCAGUUUAUACAUGGUACAGAACCAACAUGAGUGCAUCCUCCCAUUUGUGCAAGUGAGAGGGAACUUUGUUAGGUUGCAAGCCUGCAUCUCAGAGCUCCACAUGUUACAGAGAGAGGGUUGUUUCAGACCACAGAGCAUUUCUCUGCAGCUGGCAGUAGAGGAUGGGCUCCAGCAGUUCAAGCAAUAUAGCAGACAUAUGAACACAAGUGCUGCCCUGCCCUACACUUCUCUGGAGAUUACCAUCCUGACUUCCCAGCCUGGAAAAGAGGUAGUCAAACAGUUGGAGGAAGGGUUGAAAGAUAAAGACCUACUUAGAGUCAGGAGGCUUCAAGUUGUUGAAAUCAUAAAGGGAAUCCUAGAAGAUAUGAACUCAGCAUCUCCUAUUGAUGAGUCUGGCAAUGAUGAAAUUUCUAUCCUGGGAACUGACAUUGACCUUCAGGCUAUAGACAAUGAUGUUAUCAGCAUGGAGAUUUUCUUCAAAGCCUGGCUGCAUAACAGUGGAACAGACCAAGAACACAUCCAUCUUCUUCUUCCAUCACAAUGUUUCAGCACCCUUUCCAAAACCAAGGAUAAUCCAAUGUGCCUGAAAUGUGAUCUCCAAGAGCGUCUUCUCAGUCCAUCCCUGCUCCCUGGUACAGCUGAUGGCUCCUUGAGAAUGGAUGACCCCAAAGGAGACUUCAGCACACUUUACCAGAUGGCUUCCCAGUCAUCAGCUUCUCAUUACAAGCUCCAAGUGAUCAAGGCUCUGAAAUCUAGUGGGCUCUGCGAGUCAUUGACAUAUGGACUUCCCUUCAUCCUUAGACCCACGAGCUGUUGGCAGCUGGACUGGGAUGAGCUGGAAACAAAUCAGCAGCAUUUUCAUGCUCUGUGUCACAGCCUGCUGAAAAGAGAAUGGCUGCUGUUAGCCAAAGGGGAACCCACAAGCCUAGGACACAGCCAAAGAAUCCUUGCCAGUACUUUCUAUGUGAUUGUACCAUCACGCUCCCUCACACUUCUGGUGAAGGCAGUAGCCACUCGGGAACUGAUGCUGCCCAGCCACUUUCCCCUGCUGCCUGAUGACCCACCUGAAGACAGCCUUAAGAUUGUGGAAAGCAUACUGGACAGCCUGGAGCUGGAGCCCACCUACAACCCCCUGCAGGUUUGGAGCCACCUGUACUCACACCUGAGCAGCACCUUUGCCAAACCUCGUGGGCAGCUCUACUCAAGCUGGGAGAGCCGGGGCCCAAGAAAGGCUGGGCAGCUGCCAACCAACCGAGUUCGAGCCACAGUGGUCCCCCUGCCAGUGACUCCAGCCCCAGGCAGAGCCCCCAAGAUGCCAGCAGCCAGCAAAUCUUCCUCAGAAGACUUCUUCCUGCUUUCGGAACCAGAGGAAGAGUAUCCCUCCCAGCCCUGAGUCACGAGUGCCAGAGCACAGCGCCCCUGUUCAACCAUGUCUAUGCCAAGGCUUACAAAGUAACUCUGUAGGGCUGGGGAUUUAGCUCAGUGGUUUCGCUGCCUGCUACACAAGCACAAGGAUCCAAGUUCGAUCCCCAGUACCAAAAAAAACAAACAAACAAAAGUAACUCUGUGAUCAGAUCUGCCUUCUAUCCACUUGAGCCUCAGAGAGCUCAAGCUGACCCAGAAACAGAGCCCCACCCCACCAUCUUCAGUGCUGCUCCACCUCUCUCAACACACCCAAGCCUGUCCUUUCUCCAGCAGGGACUCUCGUUUUCUUCUGGAUCAUUUGAUGCUGUUAGUACAAAUGAAGAUUAAAUGUAUAGUGAGCCUC